AUGAUUCUCCUCUUCUUCCCCGACUUCCCCCAAUUCGGAAUUUCGUAUGAUUCUCACUCUUCUUCCCCGACUUCCCCCAAUUCAGAAUUUCGUAUGAUUCUCCUCUUCUUCGGAAUUUCGUAUGACUUCCUUCCCCAAUUCGGAUUUCAUUUCAAUGUGAUUCUCCUCUUCACCGACUUCCCCAAUUCGGAAUUUCGUGUGAUUCUCACUCUUCUCACCCGACUUCCCCAAUUCGGAAUUUCGUAUGAUUCUCACUCUUCACCCGACUUCCCCCAAUUCGGAUUUCGUAUGAUUCUCCUCUUCUCACCCCGACUUCCCCCAAUUCGGAUUUCAUUUCGUAUGAUUCUCACUCUUUCCCCGACCCCCCAAUUGGGAAUUUCGUAUGAUUCUCCUUCUUCCUAUGACUUCCCCCAAUUCGGAAUUUCGUAUGAUUCUCACUCUUCUCACCCGACUUCCCCCAAUUCGGAAUUUCGUAUGAUUCUCACUCUUCUUCCCCGACUUCCCCCAAUUCGGAAUUUCAUUUCGUAUUCUUCUCACUCUUCCCCGACUUCCCCAAUUCAGAUUUAUGAUUCUCUCUUCUUCCCCGACUUCCCCCAAUUCGGAAUUUCGUAUGAUCACUUCUCCUCCUUCCCGACUUCCCCCAAUUCGGAUUUCGUAUGA